AAUCUUCCUGCAUUCGGUUUCCAAACCGAAAACGUACACAUAUCCUGCUAGAAAUGAAGACGUACUUAUUAGUAAUCAUAUUGGGCCUUUUCUUGGAGGAGAGUUACGUGUCUGCUUUCAGAUUUUCAGAGACUCCAACAACCGCUGUUCCUGUCGAGCCUAAUGAUCAAGUAAUAUAUAUUUUACCACGAAGCGAUCGGCAGGCUGAGGUUCUAAGGAAUAUAACCGCCUCAUCUGACGAGAUUGUCCUGUGGAAGCCUGACUCCCCUGAGCAUAUUGUAAAGAACAAAGAGGUUCAUCUUUAUGUAAAUGCAUCAUUGCUAGAGGAGGUGAAGGCUACACUGAAGGACUCUGCAAUAUCAUAUACUGUUUUGGUUGAAAAUGCCCAGCACCUAAUUGAUCAGCAAACAUACAAUGAUACAACUGGCCAACGCAGCUCUGUCUCUUUCUAUGAGCAGUACCAUGCACUGGAAGAUAUAUACUUCUGGAUGGAACAAAUGACAGAGAAACAUCCUGAUAUGCUAGAAAGGAUUAAGAUUGGAGAGUCAUUUGAAAAGAGACCUCUCUAUGUGCUGAAGCUGUCUGGGAAGUGGAAAACAGCAAAAAAUGCUAUAUGGAUUGACUGUGGCAUACAUGCAAGGGAGUGGAUCGCUCCUGCCUUCUGCUUGUGGUUUGUAGGACAUGCUGUGGGUUUCUAUGGCCAGGAUGAAUACAUGACAAAUCUUUUGAAAUAUACUGACUUCUAUGUCUUACCAGUGAUGAAUGUAGAUGGAUAUCGCUAUACGUGGACUACUAAUCGAAUGUGGAGAAAGAACCGUUCUAAGCAUCCAAACAGCAAUUGCUAUGGUACUGACCUCAAUAGGAACUUUGACGCUGGGUGGUGUGGCUCCGGAGCUUCCAAUAAUCCUUGCCAUGAAACAUACUGUGGACAGUUCCCUGAAUCUGAACCUGAGGUGGCCGCAGUUGCUGAUUUUAUCAGAAAGCAGAAAGAUAUUAUAAAAGGCUAUAUAACAAUGCACUCUUACUCCCAGAUGGUGCUAUUUCCCUAUUCAUACACUAGAGAGAAAUCAAAAGAUCAUGAUGAACUGUUGCAGCUAGCAAAAAAAGUCACAGAUGGUAUCAGAUCAACAUCAAGAAAUAAAUACACGUCUGGUCCAGGAGCUGAUACGAUUUACCUGGCCCCUGGAGGUUCUGACGACUGGGCAUAUGACUUGGGCAUCAAGUAUUCUUUUACACUUGAACUUCGUGAUAAAGGGACCUAUGGAUUUUUACUUCCUCCAACAUUAAUAAAGCCAACAUGUAGUGAAGCUCUAACUGGGAUCAAAAUUAUAUCUGCCCACAUUGUUAAAAACAUGUAAUGCGGAUCCAAACUUUCCAAAACCACUUUAUUUGUGUCGAUGGAUGUGCCAACUUAUGAAUAAGAAACAUAUUUCCAAAUGUAUUGCAACAUAAACCAGUGCAUUAAAAAAUUGUAAUGAUUACCCUCUACAUAUGUCUACAAAACCUUGCUACAAUAAAAUAAUUUGCAACAUCAUACAGCAUAAAGUGGGGUCAGCACAAGUAAUAAAAUAUUGCACAAAAUUCGUAUCCUUUUGCUUAGUGUAUAUUAAUGUACAACUAGUGAUAACGUUGGGAACCUUGCCUAGUAUGAAAUUUAAAGUAUCCAUGUGACACAAUAAAUGUAAGUUAGGUUGUCAAA